AUGAUCAUGAGGGUGCUGUUGAGUUUAGUACCCUUCGUCCUUAUGGUGUGGAGUGGACAAGAGACAACGGCACUUCCUAUAGAGGAUAACCUAGGAUUGCAGCGCAACCGGGUGAGUUGAUAAUAAUCACUCCUUAUUAAACUCAAUAGCGUGUUUAAAGCUUUGGUUUGGUAUGGAAAUGUUAGUUUCUACAUAUGUCAAUUCAGACUUUUGGGGACAGCUCAUAGUUUUGUGAUACAGUUCUAAAGUUGAGCUUUGACACCACACUGGAUGCUGCAUGUUUGUUGUGUUGUAAUAUCAAGUAUGAGCCAUGAAUUGCAAACACAAAUGCUGGUAUUCAAUCAACUCCAGAUAGUGGUUUUCCGGAUACACGCUUAGAAGUCUGUUUGAUUCGCACAGCAACGUGUCCUGGCUGGCUGUAGUUGACACGUGAUUUAGGGCUCUAUUCAAUCUGUAACGCUGAAGCGUUUAGAUUCCGCGAUAGAAAUAUAAAGGUAAUUUCAGAUUGAGCCAACAUAUUCAGCAUUUACGGUGAAUGCAGUCUCCGCCAAAGCGGGAACAUUGUAUUUAAGUUCCAAUCAAGCUGUAAAGCUAAAGUUCUGCGAUGUGGAUUGAAUAGAGCCCUUAGAAACCUUUCUGACAACAAACCUGACUGAGAGGAAGUCAUCCAUUGGAUGCAACCUAACAAGGACUUAAUCAAGGGUCAACUACCUCCAUCCGGGAUCAUGUUGUUGUGCAAAUCAAAUGCACCUAUAUCAUUGAUUUAACAGCCUAACACCUGCCAAAAAUGUAUGUUGUUUGGUCCAGGAGUUGGCUGUGGACCAGAGGGACCUGUUGAAGAUGUUGUCGGGGAUGAAUGAGCUGACGUCAGAGUAUAUGUAUCCUGAUCAGCAGCUCCACAGAGAGCUGCAGGAGCGAUCUUUCAGAGCUCAAGUCCCUCCCAGAGAGAGAUCCCCCUGUAAGAACUUCUUCUGGAAGACCUUCUCGUCCUGCUAG